AUGAAAUCAAGUUUUAAGUCAGAAUAUCCUUUCGAAAAGAGAAAAGCAGAGUCCAGCAGAAUUACAGAGAAGUUCCAGAACAGAAUUCCUGUUAUAUGUGAGAAGGCUGAGAAGUCAGACAUUCCUGAGAUUGACAAACGUAAAUAUUUGGUGCCAUCAGACCUAACAGUGGGACAGUUCGUAUACGUGAUAAGGAAAAGAAUAAUGUUACCUGCAGAAAAGGCUAUCUUUAUUUUUGUUAAUGACACUUUGCCGCCAACCGCAGCGCUAAUGUCUGCAGUUUACCAAGAACAUAAGGAUAAGGAUGGUUUCUUGUAUGUAACAUACUCAGGUGAAAACACGUUUGGUGGUAAUUGA